AUGUUAUCAACCAUCAUCAGGCAUAGCUGCAGCGUGCAGAGUAAUUAUCGUGCUCUUUGGUUCAAUCCCUAUAUGUGGCCGUCUGGUCAGAAGGGAACAAUAUUAGUGAUUCCUUCUGGAUCAAGUUUCUACCAUACUCUUUUGAUUUUCAAUGAUUUUCACAAUGCAUAUGAGAAAUGUUGUUGGAAAACCGAUGGUGUCUAA